AUGGCAAGCGAUAGGUGGACAAUGGGACACCGCCGUAAUAACACCAAUACUGAAACUAACAAAGCACAAUUAUUAACGCAUAGCGACGAUGAUGACCUCCGGAUAAUUUACAUAAAUAGGAAAGCUGUGCGAAGUAAAAGAUGCACCCAGAUCCAGCCUUUAACAUAUCACUGGAGUAACAGUUUCUAUGAUGAGACAGAGAGAAGUAACAUACUUAUGUGCAAAGAGAAACUAUCUGAGUGUAAAAAACGCACUAAAUAUAAGAUUUAUAAAUAUGCAAGAAAAAAACAUCUAUGUCGUACGGCAUCCCGUCAAAUUGCCGCGCUAAAAUAUCACAGCAUACAAGAAUUAUCUACAAUAGGAACAACUAAAACUAAACUCAUUAUCAAAGGUUCUGAAAUUAUAUGUAAGAAAAAUUACAAAUCUCUAUAUACAAAUAUCUUAUAUAAUAAAGUAUCGCCGUACGUUAGUUAUCAAAACCCGUUUCAAAAUCCUCUAAUUUUAAGAAAGUGGGAAGUUUACAGAUGUCAAUUUGGCGCACCAGAAGAAAGUUGUUGCUGUUCUUGCAACUCUGAUGCAAUGUUCGAAGUCAUGAAAAGCUUGUACGAUUGUUAUAAGAAAAAAAAUUGUGACAAUUGCAAUUGUAUACUUUGUGGUCAUUUGCCGAAGGAAGAAAGAAGAUUUGGUGAAAUGAGAAAAUCAGCACUUGCAAUGGAAACUGCAAGCACCAAAGUAAGGAAAAAGGAAAUCGAAAGGAAAACCAAAGAAGCUUUAGAUAGGAUGGAAGGAAAAUCACCGGCAGAAAAAGAAAAAAUACUGAAAGAGUUAGCCAUGAGUGGCAUUCCAUUACCAGAGGCUAAAACACCAUCAGAAAAAGUAAUAAUAGAAAAACUGAAAAAACAACUUGGCUUACCUCCCGAACCAAAGACUGCAGAAGAGAGAGAGAAAAUGAAAAAAGCCGAAGCUGCUGGUAUCAUAGUGCCAUUAGAAGGUAAAACUGCUGCAGAAAAGGAAAAAAUUUUAAGAAAGCAGGCUGAAAUGGGCAUUGAGCUUCCUGAAGGAAGAACUGCAUCAGAAAAAGCACUAAUAGAAAAGGUAAAAGCAACGGCCGGGCAAAAAAGACCAAGUAGACUGUCCGCAAAAAUGCGUGAAGCUAAAGCUGCCGGCUUAUUAACUCCACUAGAGGGGAAAACUCCAGAACAAAAAGAAAAGAUUCUUAAGGGUCUCGCGAUGUCUGGGCUACCUUUACCUGAAGCUAAAACAGCUUCAGAAAAAAAACUGAUAAAAAAAGUUAGAGCUGGCUUAGGAUUGCCUCCAGAACCAAAAACAGCAUCGGAGAAGAAAAAAUAUGAAAAAGGAUUAGCAGCUGGCAUAAUAACUCCACUCGAAGGAAAAUCUCCGGCUGAAAAAGAAAAGAUUUUAAAAGCUCAACAUGCGCUAGGUAUUCCUCUACCCGAAGGCAGAACAGCGUCUGAAAAAGCAUUAAUUGCUAAAGUAAAAGCUUCUCCAAAACUACCUUUACCGUCCCAAAUAUCGAUACCUGCUGAGAAACUAAAAAAAGCUAAAGCUGCAGGACUAAUCACCCCAUUAGAAGGAAAAACACCCGAGCAAAAAGAAAAGAUAUUAAAAGGCUUAGCCAUGCACGGCAUACUACCUGAAGGUAGGACUGCAUCAGAGAAAAAGCUAGUUGACAAAGUAAGAGCUGAUCUUGGUUUACCACCUGAGCCGAAAACAGCAGCAGAAAAGAAAAAGUAUGAAAAGGCUUUAGCAGCUGGUAUAAUCACCCCACUCGAAGGAAAAUCUCCGGAAGAAAAAGAAAAGAUUCUACGAGCCCAGCAAACGAUGGGUAUUCCACUACCCGAAGGAAGAACAGCCUCUGAAAAGGCAUUAAUAGCUAAAGUGAAAGCAGCACCCAAACUGCCUUUGCCAUCCAAAAUAUCCAUACCUUCUGAGAAACUCAAGAAAGCUAAAGCUGCAGGAUUACUCACACCAUUAGAAGGAAAAACACCAGAACAAAAAGAGAAAAUAUUAAAAGGUUUAGCCAUGCAUGGCAUACUACCUGAAGGAAAAACUCCCUCUGAGAAAAAAUUGGUAGAAAAAAUAAGAGCUGAUCUUGGUCUUCCACCUGAACCAAAAACACCAGCAGAGAGGAAAAAGUAUGAGAAGGCUUUAGCAGCUGGUAUAAUAACCCCACUCGAGGGAAAAUCUCCGGCUGAAAAAGAAAAGAUUUUACGAGCUCAGCAGACGAUGGGUAUUCCACUACCCGAAGGAAGAACAGCCUCUGAAAAGGCCUUAAUAGAGAAAGUGAAAGCGACGCCCACACUGCCUUUUCCAUCUGGAGUAUCCAUUCCAGCUGAGAAACUUAAGAAAGCGAAAGCUGCUGGACUAAUAACACCAUUAGAAGGUAAAACACCUGAGCAAAAAGAAAAGAUAUUGAGAGGACUGGCAAUGCACGGAAUUCCCUUGCCGGAAGGAAAAACGCCUUCUGAGAAAAAACUCAUUGAUAAAGUUCGGGCGGAUGUUGGUUUACCACCUGAACCAAAAACAUCCUCAGAAAAGAGAUUGUAUGAGAAAGCUUUAGCAGCUGGUUUAAUAACACCCUUAGAAGGUAAAUCACAUGAGCAAAAGGAGAAAAUACUAAAAGCUCAGCUCGAUGCUGGCAUACCGCUACCGGAAGGCCGCACUGCAUCAGAAAAAGCUAUAAUAUCCAAAAUGAAAAAAGCAGCUGCACCUUCACGUGUUCCUACGGAAAUGAUGAAAAAAGCCGAAACCGCUGGUAUAGGUGUUCUGUUGAAAGGUAAAAGUCCUGAUGAAAAGGAAAAAAUUGUUAGGGGACUGCUGAUGAAAGGCCAACCACUACCAGAAUCAAAAACGCCAUCAGAGAGAAAGCUUGUUGACAAAGUGAGAGCUGACUUAGGAUUACCUCCAGAGCCAAAAACAGCAUCGGAAAAGAAAAAAUAUGAAAAAGGAUUAGCAGCUGGCAUAAUAACUCCACUCGAGGGAAAAUCUCCGGCAGAAAAAGAAAAGAUUUUAAAAGCUCAGCAUGCGCUAGGUAUUCCUUUACCCGAAGGUAGAUCAGCGUCUGAAAAAGCAUUGAUAGCUAAAGUAAAAGCUUCACCAAAGUUACCUUUGCCGUCCCAAAUAUCGAUACCUGCCGAAAGAAUCAAGAGAGCUAAAGCUGCAGGAUUAAUCACACCGUUAGAAGGAAAAACACCCGAGCAAAAGGAAAAAAUAUUAAAAGGUUUAGCCAUGCACGGCAUACUACCUGAAGGUAGGACUGCAUCAGAGAAAAAGCUAGUUGACAAAGUAAGAGCAGAUCUUGGUUUACCACCUGAACCAAAAACGCCCGCAGAAAAGAAAAAAUAUGAGAAAGCUUUAGCAGCUGGUAUAAUUACCCCACUCGAAGGAAAAUCUCCGGCUGAAAAAGAAAAGAUUCUACGAGCCCAGCAGUCCAUGGGUAUUCCUCUACCCGAAGGAAGAACAGCCUCUGAAAAGGCACUAAUAGCUAAAGUGAAAGCAGCACCCAAACUGCCUUUGCCAUCAAAAAUAUCCAUACCUUCUGAGAAACUAAAGAAAGCUAAAGCUGCAGGAUUACUUACACCGUUAGAAGGAAAAACGCCAGAACAAAAAGAAAAAAUAUUAAAAGGUUUAGCCAUGCAUGGCAUACUACCUGAAGGUAAAACUCCUUCCGAGAAAAAAUUGGUUGACAAAGUGAGAGCUGAUCUUGGUCUACCACCUGAACCAAAAACUGCAGCAGAACGGAAAAAGUACGAGAAGGCUUUAGCAGCUGGUGUAAUAACCCCACUCGAAGGAAAAUCUCCUGCUGAAAAAGAAAAGAUUUUACGAGCUCAGCACACAAUGGGUAUUCCACUACCCGAAGGAAGAACAGCCUCUGAAAAGGCCUUAAUAGAAAAAGUGAAAGCGGCACCUACACUAUCUUUUCCAUCUGGAGUAUCCAUACCUGCAGAUAAACUUAAGAAAGCUAAAGCUGCUGGACUAAUAACCCCAUUAGAAGGAAAAACACCUGAACAAAAAGAGAAGAUAUUAAAAGGAUUGGCGAUGCACGGAAUUCCCUUGCCAGAAGGAAAAACGCCUUCUGAGAAAAAACUCAUCGAUAAAGUUCGAGCUGAUGUUGGUUUACCACCUGAACCAAAAACAGCCUCAGAAAAGAGAUUGUAUGAGAAAGCUUUAGCAGCUGGUUUAAUAACACCCUUAGAAGGUAAAUCACAUGAGCAAAAGGAGAAAAUACUAAAAGCUCAGCUAGAUGCCGGCAUACCGCUACCGGAAGGCCGGACUGCAUCAGAAAAAGCUAUAAUAUCCAAAAUGAAAAAAGCAGCUGCGCCUUCACGUGUUCCCACGGAAAUGAUGAAGAAAGCUGAAGCCGCUGGUAUAGGUGUUUUAUUGAAAGGUAAAACUCCUGAUGAAAAAGAAAAGAUAGUAAGAGGACUGUUGAUGAAAGGCCAACCGCUACCAGAAACAAAAACGCCAUCUGAGAAACAACUUGUCGACAAAGUGAGGGCAGACUUAGGAUUACCUCCUGAGCCUAAAACAGCGUCAGAGAAAAAAAAGUAUGAAAAAGGAUUAGCGGCUGGUAUAAUAACUCCACUCGAAGGAAAAUCCCCAGCUGAAAAAGAAAAGAUUUUAAAAGCUCAGCAUGCGCUUGGUAUUCCUCUACCCGCAGGGAGAACAGCAUCUGAGAAAGCAUUGAUUUCUAAAGUAAAAGCUUCACCAAAGCUACCUUUACCAUCCCAAAUAUCGAUACCUGCUGAAAGAAUCAAAAAAGCUAAAGCUGCUGGACUAAUCACCCCAUUAGAAGGAAAAACACCCGAGCAAAAAGAAAAGAUAUUAAAAGGCUUAGCCAUGCACGGCAUACUACCUGAAGGUAGGACUGCAUCAGAGAAAAAGCUAGUUGACAAAGUAAGAGCAGAUCUUGGUUUACCACCUGAACCAAAAACAGAAGCAGAAAAGAAAAAGUACGAGAAAGCUUUAGCAGCUGGUAUAAUUACCCCACUCGAAGGAAAAUCUCCGGCUGAAAAAGAAAAAAUUCUACGAGCUCAGCAGACGAUGGGUAUUCCUUUACCAGAAGGAAGAACAGCCUCUGAAAAGGAAUUGAUAGCUAAAGUGAAAGCAGCACCUAAACUUCCUUUGCCAUCCAAAAUAUCCAUACCUUCUGAGAAACUAAAGAAAGCUAAAGCUGCAGGAUUACUUACACCGUUAGAAGGAAAAACGCCAGAACAAAAAGAGAAAAUAUUAAAAGGUUUAGCCAUGCAUGGCAUACUACCUGAAGGAAAAACUCCUUCCGAGAAAAAAUUGGUUGACAAAGUGAGAGCUGAUCUUGGUCUACCACCUGAACCAAAAACAGCAGCAGAAAGAAAGAAGUAUGAAAAAGCUUUAGCAGCUGGUAUAAUAACCCCACUCGAAGGAAAAUCUAAGGCUGAAAAAGAAAAGAUUUUGCGAGCUCAGCAAACGAUGGGUAUUCCCUUACCAGAAGGAAGAACAGCCUCUGAAAAGGCCUUAAUAGCAAAAGUGAAAGCGGCGCCAAAACUAGCUUUUCCAUCUGGAGUAUCCAUACCUGCCGAAAAACUAAGGAAAGCUAAAGCUGCAGGACUGAUAACACCAUUAGAAGGGAAAACACCUGAGCAAAAAGAAAAGAUAUUGAGAGGACUGGCAAUGCACGGAAUUCCGUUGCCAGAAGGAAAAACACCUUCAGAAAAAAAACUCAUUGAUAAAGUUCGAGCUGAUGUUGGUCUACCGCCUGAACCUAAAACUUCAUCUACUAAGGAGAAGUACAAAAAAGCCUUAGCUGCUGGAAUCAUUACACCAUUAGAAGGCAAAUCUUCCGCUCAAAAAGAAAAAAUACUGAAAGGUCUUAAAGAUGCUGGUAUCCCUUUACCUGAAGGAAGAACACCAUCAGAAAAAGCCUUGAUUGCUAAGCUUAGAGAAGCACCAUCACGAAUACCAUCUGAAAAACUUAGAAAAGCUGCAGCAGCUGGGUUAAUUACUCCAUUAGAAGGAAAGAGUCCUGAAGAAAAAGAAAAAAUAAUACGAGGACUGGCAAUGCAUGGAUUGCCUCUACCAGAAGGAGGCACUCCAUCUGAAAGAAAACUUAUAGAUAAAGUGAGAGCUGAUGUUGGCCUUCCGCCAGCACCUAAAUCGCCAGCAGAAAGAAAGAAAUACGAUAAAGCUAUUACAGAUGGCAUUAUCGUACCACUCGAAGGAAAAACACAUGCAGAAAAAGAGAAAAUCUUGAAAGCUCAACACGAAGCUGGAUUUCCGUUGCCCGUAGGACGUACACCAUCAGAAAAAGCAUUGAUUGCAAAAAUAAAAGCAACACCAGUUCUAAAAAUACCUUCUGAAAAAUUAAGAAAAGCUAAAGCAGCCGGUUUGAUAACACCUUUAGAAGGAAAAACACCUGAGCAAAAGGAAAAAAUACUAAGAGGGUUAGCGAUGCACGGAAUCCCAUUGCCAGAAGGGAAAACACCUUCCGAGAAAAAACUAAUUGAUAAGGUUCGAGCUGAUGUAGGUUUACCACCUGAACCUAAAACAGCAGCACAGAAAGAAAAGUAUAUUAAAGCUAUGGCAGCUGGAAUAAUAACUCCUCUAGAGGGAAAAACAUCACAACAAAAAGAAAAUAUCUUAAAAGCUCAACACGAAGCUGGUCUACCAUUGCCUGAAGGUCGUACACCAUCAGAAAAAGCAUUGAUUGCAAAAAUAAAAGCAACGCCAGUAUUAAGAAUACCAUCAGAAAAAUUACGAAAAGCUAGAGAGGCUGGAUUGAUAACACCGUUAGAGGGCAAAACGCCAGAACAAAAAGAAAAAAUAUUGAGAGGGCUGGCGAUGCAUGGAAUCCCAUUGCCAGAAGGAAAAACGUCUUCCGAAAAGAAACUCAUUGAUAAGGUUCGAGCUGAUCUUGGUCUACCACCUGAACCCAAAACUGCAGCACAGAAAGAAAAAUACACUAAAGCUAUGGCAGCUGGAAUUAUCACUCCUCUAGAGGGAAAGACAGCGCAACAAAAAGAGGAUAUCUUAAAAGCUCAACACGAAGCUGGUCUGCCAUUGCCUGAAGGCCGUACACCAUCAGAAAAAGCAUUGAUAGCAAAAGUAAAAGCAUUGCCAGUACUUAGAAUACCAUCUGAAAAAUUAAGGAAAGCUAAAGCCGCCGGGCUGAUAACACCAUUAGAAGGCAAAACACCAGAACAAAAAGAAAAAAUAUUAAGAGGGCUGGCGAUGCAUGGAAUUCCAUUGCCAGAAGGAAAAACGUCUUCCGAAAAGAAACUCAUUGAUAAGGUUCGAGCUGAUCUUGGUUUACCGCCUGAACCUAAAACUGCAGCACAGAAAGAAAAAUACACUAAAGCUAUGGCAGCUGGAAUUAUCACUCCUCUAGAGGGAAAGACAUCGCAACAAAAAGAAAAUAUUUUAAAAGCACAACACGAAGCUGGUCUGCCAUUGCCAGAAGGUCGUACACCAUCAGAAAAAGCAUUGAUCGCUAAAAUAAAAGCAUCGCCAGUAUUUAGAAUACCAUCAGAAAAAUUAAGAAAAGCCAAAGAAGCGGGUUUUAUAACACCAUUAGAGGGCAAAACUAAAGAACAAAAAGAAAAAAUUCUAAGAGGGCUGGCGAUGCAUGGAAUCCCAUUGCCAGAAGGAAAAACGCCUUCCGAAAAGAAACUCAUUGAUAAGGUUCGAGCUGAUCUUGGUUUACCACCAGAACCCAAAACUGCAGCACAGAAAGAAAAGUACACUAAAGCCAUGGCAGCUGGAAUUAUCACACCUCUAGAGGGAAAGACAUCGCAACAAAAAGAAAAUAUUUUAAAAGCACAACACGAAGCUGGUCUGCCAUUGCCUGAAGGUCGUACACCAUCAGAAAAAGCAUUGAUCGCAAAAAUUAAAGCAUCGCCAGUAUUUAGAAUACCAUCAGAAAAAUUAAGAAAAGCCAAAGAAGCGGGUUUUAUAACACCAUUAGAGGGCAAAACUAAAGAACAAAAAGAAAAAAUUCUAAGAGGGCUGGCGAUGCAUGGAAUCCCAUUGCCAGAAGGAAAAACGCCUUCUGAAAAGAAACUCAUUGAUAAGGUUAGAGCUGAUCUUGGUUUACCACCUGAACCCAAAACUGCAGCACAGAAAGAAAAGUAUACUAAAGCUAUGGCAGCUGGAAUUAUCACACCUCUGGAGGGAAAGACAGCGCAACAAAAAGAGGAUAUUUUAAAAGCCCAACACAAAGCUGGUCUGCCAUUGCCUGAAGGCCGUACACCGUCAGAAAAAGCAUUGAUAGCUAAAGUAAAAGCAAUGCCAGUGUUAAAAAUACCAUCUGAAAAAUUAAGAAAAGCUAAAGCCGCCGGAUUGAUAACACCAUUAGAAGGCAAAACACCAGAACAAAAAGAAAAAAUAAUAAGAGGGCUGGCGAUGCAUGGAAUUCCAUUGCCAGAAGGAAAAACGCCUUCGGAGAAGAAACUUAUCGAUAAGGUUCGGGCUGAUCUUGGUCUACCACCAGAACCUAAAACUGCAGCACAGAAAGAAAAGUACACUAAAGCUAUGGCAGCUGGAAUUAUCACUCCUCUAGAGGGAAAAACAGCGCAACAAAAAGAAAAUAUUUUAAAAGCACAACACGAAGCUGGUCUGCCAUUGCCUGAAGGUCGUACACCAUCAGAAAAAGCAUUGAUCGCAAAAAUUAAAGCAAUGCCAGUAUUUAGAAUACCUUCAGAAAAAUUAAGAAAAGCCAAAGAAGCGGGUUUGAUAACACCAUUAGAGGGCAAAACUAAAGAACAAAAAGAAAAAAUUCUAAGAGGUCUGGCAACGCAUGGAAUCCCAUUGCCAGAAGGAAAAACGGCUUCCGAGAAGAAACUCAUUGAUAAAGUUCGCGCUGAUCUUGGUUUACCACCGGAACCCAAAACUGCAGCACAGAAAGAAAAGUACACUAAAGCUAUGGCAGCUGGAAUUAUCACUCCUCUAGAAGGAAAGACAGCGCAACAAAAAGAGGAUAUCUUAAAAGCCCAACACGAAGCUGGUCUGCCAUUGCCUGAAGGCCGAACACCAUCAGAAAAAGCACUGAUAGCAAAAGUAAAAGCAAUGCCAGUGGUAAGAAUACCAUCUGAAAAAUUAAGAAAAGCUAAAGCCGCCGGACUGAUAACACCAUUAGAAGGCAAAACACCAGAACAAAAAGAAAAAAUAUUAAGAGGGCUGGCGAUGCAUGGAAUUCCAUUGCCAGAAGGAAAAACGUCUUCCGAAAAGAAACUCAUUGAUAAGGUUCGAGCUGAUCUUGGUUUACCACCUGAGCCCAAAACUGCAGCACAGAAAGAAAAAUACACUAAAGCUAUGGCAGCUGGAAUUAUCACUCCUCUAGAGGGAAAGACAGCGCAACAAAAAGAGGAUAUCUUAAAAGCUCAACACGAAGCUGGUCUGCCAUUGCCUGAAGGCCGUACACCAUCAGAAAAAGCAUUGAUAGCAAAAGUAAAAGCAAUGCCAGUACAUAGAAUACCAUCUGAAAAAUUAAGGAAAGCCAAAGAGGCCGGAUUCAUAACACCAUUAGAGGGCAAAACAAAAGAACAAAAAGAAAAAAUACUAAGAGGGCUGGCUAUGCAUGGAAUCCCGUUGCCAGAAGGAAAAACACCUUCCGAGAAGAAACUCAUUGAUAAAGUGCGUGCUGAUCUUGGUUUGCCACCUGAACCCAAAACUGCAGCACAGAAAGAAAAAUACAAUAAAGCUAUGGCAGCUGGAAUUAUCACUCCUCUAGAGGGAAAGACUGCGCAACAAAAAGAGGAUAUCUUAAAAGCCCAACACGAAGCUGGUCUACCAUUGCCUGAAGGCCGUACGUCAUCAGAAAAAGCAUUGAUAGCAAAAGUGAAAGCAAUGCCAGUGUUAAGAAUACCAUCUGAAAAAUUAAGAAAAGCUAAAGCCGCCGGAUUAAUAACACCAUUAGAAGGCAAAACGCCGGAACAAAAAGAAAAAAUAUUAAAAGGUCUGGCAAUGCAUGGAAUUCCUUUACCAGAACCUAAAACUAAAUCAGAAAAGGAACUUGUAGCGAAAGUUAAAGCGGAAUUAGGACUACCUCCAGAACCAAGAUCCGCGUCUAUUAAAGAAAAAAUGGCAAAAGCAUUAGCAGCCGGUAUAAUUACACCUCUUGAAGGUAAAACGCCAGCUCAAAAAGAAAAAAUUCUAAGAGGCAUGAAGGAGGCUGGAAUCCCAUUACCAGAAGGACGAACUGACUCUGAAAAAGCAUUAAUCAGUAAAAUCCAAGCAGAAAAGCCACGUAAAAAAGCACCGCCCUUAUCAGAGGAAGCCAAGCAACUAGACGCAAAAACAGCUAAAGUUAUGAAAGAAGGUAAAGGCCCAAGUGAUGAAUGUAUAUGUCCAAUUUUAUGGCCUGAAGGCUCAGGAGAACCUUCAGUAGCUCCCUCUGCGAAAGCAAUCACCUCAGCAAAAUUAAGAAAAGCAAAAGCUGAAGGGUUACUCACACCUUUAGACGGAAAGACAGCAGCUCAAAAAGAAAGAAUCAUCAGAGGAUUAGCUGAGGCUGGUCUCCCUUUACCGGAAGGUAAAACAGCAUCUGAAAAAUCUAUCAUACGUAAAGUUAAAAAGGAUAUCGCGGAAGCGGAAAAGGAAAUUUUAAGAAAGGCAAAAGCGGAAGGCCUAUUAACACCACUAACAGGCAAAACUCCUGAACAAAAAGAAAAAAUAAUAAGAGGAUUAGCUGAAGCCGGUUUACCUAUUCCAGAAGGUACUACUCCCUCUGAAAAGGAAUUAAUAAAGAAAAUAAGGAAAGAUAUCGGACUUCCGCCAGAAAGAACACCAUCUGAAAAAAAAGGAGUAAUUAGACGUAGAAUUUCAAAAAAACUAGAAUUUGGAGUUGCUCCUGAAGCUGUAACGCCUUCUGAAAAAGAAAUGGUAAGAAAAGCAAAGGCAGAAGGCUUAAUUACACCUUUAACAGGUAAAACCCCUCAACAAAAGGAAAAAAUUAUUAGAGGACUGGCUAAGGCUGGUCUUCCGAUUCCCGAAGGGAAAACAGCUUCAGAAAAAGAACUUAUAAAAAAAAUAAGAGCCGAAUAUGGUUUGCCACCAGAAGCCACUCCUUCUGAAAGAAGAGGAAAGAUAAAAUCUAAAUCAAAAAGAAUUGGUGCUGGUGCAAGAAAAAGUGCCAGAGGUGUAGGUCCUAUAACAAAAUCCAAAACAGGCAUAGUAGAGGAAUUUGAAGAUAUAAUCAAAACUACAACUUGUGACCGUGGUUGUGGAUGUGAUAAAAAGAAAAUACGGUUUAAGCACAGUUAUGUCAAAAUUCGUGUAACUUCCCCUGACAUAUCCUCAAUCUGCCCUUGUCCAGAUGAAUGUUUUCCAACUGUUAAAGGAGGAGUUGUCACUGACAAAGAAGGAAUAAAAGUGACGGUAGGCAGAGCUCUGGGUAUUCCAUUGUAUACAUCCAAGUCAUUAAGAAGUCAAGCUAUGACAAAUAAUACAAUGUAUAGCAAAUCCUGUGAUUUGAUUAGUGAACACUGUUUAAAACGAGACGAACAUUCCUGUUUAAAUAUAAAAUUCAAUACUCAAAAAUCAAUUAUAAAUGACAUGGACAAGGUUAGUAGUGAAAAAUAUAUCGAUUCAGGACUCGAACUAUUUAAUCAAGACAUAGAAAGUGAAUCUAUCCUCAGUGACUUGGAAUUGAUUAGGAUUGCCAAUAACCCGAAUUUCAACGUUCAAUUUUACUACAAUACUAAAACUGCAUCUCAGUCAUGUCAAUCUAUUCUAUCAACAAGAUCAAGUCACGAUUCUCUUCUAAUAAUUGAAACAGAGUCGUCUCUGAGUUUAUCUACACAGACUGGCGCGAGCGAUGUAAGCAUAAGCUUUGUUUCAUUCGUUGGAAGUGACUUCUCUUCUAAUACAAGUAAUUACUUGUUAUUAGCACAUGAUACAAAUACUGUUUACUCUGACUUUUUGAUAGACAAGCUCGGAUUUAACAUAUCAGAGACCACUAACUGUAUGAUUAAUACAACAGAGCAAUUCAACAAUCUUUUAACAGAAUACAAAAAUAACGAUCACGAUUAUAAAACAUCGCACUUCAAAAUGAUAUCUUCGCAUAGUAAAAUAAUAAAAGAAACUGAAAAUUUGAAAAGUCAUGGUAGAAAUCUAUCGGAUCAUGAUGGUAUUUUCGAACUAAAUAGCCAUCACACUUUACAAGAUGUUAUAAACCAGCUUCUGUUAAAGAAAUCUUUACCUGAUGAUUACUCAACAGUUUUAGUAAUACCAUCCAGUAAUGAUUAUCAUAGUUUGGAAAAUGUCGAUUCAACAUGCGUUCAAAUGUCACAACGUUUGUGGAAAGGGGAAAAGAAAAUUGUUCGACAUGAAGCGCCUUCAUUGUACGCAGACCCUACAAGUAAUGGUGUUAAAUUGAUAAGAAAAGGUAAGAAAUACGUUUAUGCAGAUCGUGCAUCAUCAAAGAACAAGAUCAGUGAUGACAAAACACCAACUAAUCAUGAAAGAAGAACGUAUUCCAAAGAUAUGCAAAAUGAUGAUGUAACACAAAAUGUCAUAAAAAUUAAUAGUAAACAAUUAAUAGAUACAAUAACGUCUGCUUUUGAUGAACUCCGAGAACCAAUUGUAUACCGUCAUCGUUAUGUUGCUACAACACCACAAUUUCAGAAUAAAAAAACAAUAACAUUGAAGCCAGCUAAAAUGUUCCGUGCCGUAAGUGUAGACACUAUCCUUGAUAGACCAUGCUGCUGUUCCCCUAAAGAAUCCGGAAGUUAUUGUGAAGGAAUCAACUUAAAUGAGAACUGUCAAUGUUCUGAUACACUCUCUGUUACAUUUAUAAAACCAAAACAAAGUGUUGACUAUGAAGAAGACACUCGAGGUAGUGUCAGGUCAACGCGCGUGCUGUCACGCCCGCCGACUGGCGCCACCCGCGCCGCGUUUCUCAUCAUUUCUCCUACGGAGAAAUGGCUGUUGAGUGGCGGUACUGAGCCUGGACCAAGAUGA